AUGGAGACGAACAUCAAGAAACUCCUGAAGUUGGCGCAGAAGUAUCGGAAGGAGACCGCGGAAGAGAAAAAGAAAGAGGAAGAAGCGGAGAAUGCUGAGCAAGAGCAGGUGAAGGACAAGGAGAAGCCGAAAGAGAAAUCUAAGGAGAAAUCUGCAGAUAAAGAAAAGGACAAGGAGAAGCAGGAGUUGUCACUUUCUAGAACUGCACACAGAGAACCCUACUUCAGCUCGGCGCAGAUGCUGCUACUCCUGUACAAGAUUGUCCAGCAAAGGCUGAGCAACGGUGGUGUGAAAAUUCCGUUUAAGUAUUACCAGACUUUCCAGGGAAAUGUUGGAAUUGCUGGGCAGAAUCUGAGGAUGAACGUGAGCUCUCAAUCGGUGGACGGAGUAUGGGCUACAUUCCAACAAGCUGCGUCUGAUGGCACUGCAUAUACUGCGAACGGGUACGACUCUCAGUUGAGGACAAGCACGUACUUCACCAGAACACCUUUAGCUAACAUGUUUCCCGAGAAGCUGAAGCCUAAUGAGCAGCCUUAUACGGCUCCAAAGGACAACCGUUCGUUAUCGAAAGUGGUUCGCAUGCCAGUGGAAGCGGACUACGACGAGCUUGCACAGCCUGAGGACAAGCUGGCUUGGAACCUUCCAUGCAAAGCCGACUUGUACGGCAAUUCUCUUACCAUGAUAGAUCACAAGAAGAUUACUCCACCUGCAAACAAGAUAGGCUACAAGGAGCUUCCUAACCUGAGCCUUCCCGACCUGACGCAGACCAACGUAAGUGGAUUUACCUGCUUAACGGGUACGACUGCUGCUCAGCGUGGUGAGAAGCUGAUUGUCAACGUUUCGCCCGUGGAGAAGCGCUGGAAUACCCAGAUCUAA